AUGGGAUUUAGUCCCGUGCUUUACUCCUAUUGGCGGAGUUCGUGUUCUUGGAGGGUAAGAAUUGCAUUGAAUCUAAAGGAGAUACCAUAUGACAUAAAACCUGUGAGUCUGGUAAAAAGUGGCGGAGAACAACAUUCCAAUGAAUUUCGAGAGAUUAAUCCAAUGGAGCAAGUGCCUGCGCUCCAUAUUGACAAUCAUACACUAAUAGAGUCUCUAAAUAUUCUGCAAUACUUGGAAGAGACCAGGCCGAAUCGUCCAUUGAUGCCGGCGGAUCCUGUCAAAAGAGCUAGAGUAAGAGAGAUUUGCGAAGUAAUUGCCAGUGGCAUACAACCUUUGCAAAAUCUCGUUGUUCUAAUUUACGUCGGAGAGGAACGUAAGAAGGAAUGGGCGCAACAUUGGAUCACUAGAGGAUUUACAGCUGUGGAGAAGUUGUUAUCGUCGAGUGCAGGCAAAUACUGCGUCGGUGACGAGAUUACGUUAGCGGAUUGUUGCCUAGUGCCACAGAUAUUUAACGCGCGAAGGUUUCACGUCGAUCUGAGACCUUUCCCCACGAUUCUGAGGGUGGACCGUCAUUUGGAGCAUCACCCGGCCUUUACCGCGGCUCACCCCAAUAACCAGCCCGACUGUCCGCCCGAGGCGACCAAGUAGCAAGCGAGGCAGACCACCCUUUUCCUCUUCUAAUUCUUUAGGAGCAUGGAAAGAGGUGGUCCAACAUUAUGUGGUCUCAUAGUGACAAAAGGUGAUACGAGAUUCAUUCAUGCGUUCAUUGCAUAUUUCACAUGCACUUGGGAUCGCACCAAUCAUUUCGAUUAAUCAAAUCUCUUGUUUCUAUAUAUAUCGUAAAUAAAAUUGUAAUCUAGAAAAGAGAGAAUAGCAAAUUGCUGAACCAAAUAACAUAAUCCAAUACAUCAUGAAAAUUCAUUGCGCGUAUCUUUGAUUAUGCAUGCGGAUUUAAUCAUUGCGAUAGCGAGUAUACGAGAAAGUUAUCUUUAACUCGCACUAUCAGCCAAUAAAUUGCUGUUAUAUAUUUCGAUAAUGGUAUUUAUAUAUACCACAUACCAAGAAAAUUGUCCGAUAUUAGUUGCACCUUUUAUCACUUAUGAACUGCAUAUCGGUACCGAAAUGGUUAACGGCUAGCAACAAAAGCGAGUAUGGUAUCGUUUUUGAUUUUAGAUCAUGUUUAUUUUUAGAACACGGACUCGCGCCAUUUCUGUACUUGCAAGGAAAGGGAAAAAAAUAUUGGCCUAUUUUUUAAGUUUUGUUACGUUUUUAUAUACGAUUUUACACGAUCGAUCGAAAUUUAUUUUCACGAUGUGUAUUUUUCACACGAUAUUUUACAAAGAUAUAUUAUUGACCUAUCCCGAAUAGGUUCUGUUUUGAAAUCAAAAGUUUACUUUUUAUAUACUUAUUAUAAUUUUUUAUUUUUCACUUUUGCUUACAUAGCGUAAGAGAAAAAGAAGUGGAUGUUGCUAUUAAAUCCUAGCGAAUACCCCGAACUCUUCGCUGGUACGUAGGGUAAUGACUCUCGUAUUUACGCGAUAUAUACGAAGCACACACGAAUAAAUUCAUAACGCGAAACGAUCAAAUAUUCGAAGGGAAACGUGUAAUAAGGGAAUGCGCUCUGCUCAAUAUCUCCCAGAAUACCGACGAAAAAAGUACAAAUCGCACAUUUUCUUUGAUAUCCCAGUUGUAGAGUACAUUAGAUUUGCUCGUUUUUUUUUUUAUUUACACUUUUGCAUUGAAAUAUCCAAUAAAUGAUUUAUCUUGUCUCAAGAUGAUUCAAUACACAGUAGCCUAAUAAAAUAUAUAUUAAAGUAACCAUUUUUUUGUCUCCAAGUGUUUGUACUUGGCGCUUUUUUAUCUCUUUUUUUAGAAAAGUAAUUAAAACUUUUUUUUAUAUACUUUUUUAUACUUUGGAAACGUUUAAGCAAUUUUUGUAAUAAAUGCGGAUAAAACGAGCAGAUCUAUCGUAUUUUUUAUGUAUGACACCGUGUAAUAUAUUUUUUUACUUUACGAAAUAAUUUUUAGGUUUAAACAAUAUUUCUUUAUCAGAAAUGUACCGAACUUCUCGAUAUGUGUAUUUUUAAAAAAACGGACUUGUUACGCGUAAGUUACGUGUAGUUAGAUAAUCUGUGAUUUGGAAUUACGUUGUGCAGAACCGAAGUGAGACGUUGAUGCGAAGAUUAGAAUGUGCCAUUGAAAUGCCGUAGUACAAUCGCGAACAAUUUCAAACGCAAACGAGAGAGAUACGUGUGUCGACAGAAUCAAAAUGUAUAUUUAUGCUCUUACAAAUAGUUUUCCGGGUUCAGAGCAUGUAAACAGAGAGAUAUCGAUAUUUUUCACGAAUGUUUUUUAUAGGAUCGCUCUUAUUGUAAAGCUGUGUUAUAUACAUAGCCUUCGUGUGCCCUUCGAGAAAUUUAAUAAAAAUAAAUGCAAACGUAGCGUUCGUAAAAAAAAUCGAGUCCUGUAGAUAUAUCGAACACGACCGAUCUCUAAAGGCCGAUAAUCAAAUUACACCUGGCAUUCUUCCUUAUUGCCGCGUUAUCCUUCUUCUUUUCCUUGUUUUACAAACGUCAUGACAUUUGCACAUAUUUGGAAUUUCACGUAUUGUAUAAAAAUGAUUUCUUGUAUAUCGCUCACGUCAUAACUGCCUUUUUGAAACUUUAACGAGUACUUCUUCCAGCUGUAGCCUCCAGCCUUCGCAAUUAUUUUUCUAUAGCAGAUAUAGUAUCGUGUAAUGAAGGUAUAAUUCUCUUUGUGCGCUUUCCGAUGGUGGAUUAAGGAUCAAUCAAUCACAGGGUGUCCCACAAUUAAACCAUCAACAAGUUUUGCUAGUAUACUCUAUAUAUAAAAAAAGAUGUUAUAUCAGCAUUGUAUCCGAAAACGUUUCAUUAUCACAUUACAUUAAAAAAAUAAUACAUUCGCUUAAUUAUCCGUUUCUAAAUGCCGUUCUUCGUCUCUAAUACAUACAUUGUAAGGAGAUAAAAUUUAGCAUCCUACGAAUUCCAACAUUUUUAUUUCGUUUUAGCUCAAUGAAUGGCAAAUUAAUUUUAUCGAUGAAUUUUUAUUACGAAUCGACUCUUGCAUGAUACGUUUGCUUUUACAUAUUUCCAUAUAAUUUUUUAAUAAAACGUCUCCAUAAAACAUGCUGAUAAAGUUUGACUGUUUAACCUUGGGACACCCUAUAUAAGAAUCGUCGCAAUUUGAAAUGUUCUAUGUCGCGCAGUACUUUGGGACGAAUAAGAACACGCGUGUCUAUACACACGCUCACACAUAGACGUAUAUUAAUCGACCGAGUGAUUAGAUAAUAAUGUAUAUAAUCUUUGUACGCGAGCCACACAUUCCCCUCCCACAGAGACCAGCUCUACAAAUAUCCAAUAUCGAGAUGAAACAAGCAUACUCGAAAUCGAUCGAAACUCUCAUGUGUGUUUGCUACGUUUUGAUAACAGCGCCUAUGCAUAUUAUGUGAUGAUUCGAGAGUUAUGUACGAGUUAAAAGGAUCUCGUUGUAAUAAACGACGAUCCUUGGCGUAAUUAAGGGUCAACGGAUGAGAUCUCGUAUCUGAAUGUGAUCUUGCGCCCGUUUAUCGAAUUUUUGUGCCCAAGUUACGAGAACUCGUAAAAGCGGACAAGUUAAUAAUAAUUUUGUCGAAAACGAGCUGUGUUAUUUGUAAUUAUUGCGGUAGCUCUUAUACGAUAUUAUAAAUAUAUAUAUAUCUUGAUAACUAGUUUCGAAAGAUUGCAAUUUCGUAAGGUAAAGUCGACUUAUGAUUAAACAAAGAACACAUUUUGUCAUCUAUUUAACAGCUCUGGAGCUUAAUUUAGGAAGAGUUGUAGUUUAUUACUUGGAAUAUUAUAAUAUUCAGUCCUCUCUCCUCUUUUUACAGGAAUUCUUGUCUCCGAUUUAAAUAAGUAAUUUGUAAAUCGCUCUUAUUUUACAUUUAUACGCGAAAAGGAAUCCCCCAAAUUGCUUUAUUCGUGCUUCCUCGUAGUUCCCUAAAGAGUAGAUUUACAGACAUUUUACUUGCAUACUUAUCUUUUGUAUCGGAGGGAGGAAGAGAUCUCUCAAUUUGAUUUUUGUCCUGUAGUUCUUCUUUUGCCACAGAUAAAAACCUUGCUUCUGUUGUGAUCUUUCGCUACCUAUAGAUCUUCCGGUAUCUUAUUUCCGACGAACUGACGUAUCAUCCGUAUAACGUAUGCGUGAGAAAUAUAAAAGCGACACUCGCAUUCUGCCAGAGAGCAAUGAAAGGAUAAAUUAAUUGUAUUAUAUUUUUAUUACUUUAGUUUCGCUCUUCUUUUUUUUCCAGUCGCCGUUUAUGGUUCUACAAUUUAGCUUUAAGAAUGCUAGCUCGGUAACGUUUUUACGAAUCCAUCAGUAUCGCUGUAUAACCCGAUCGAGAAUAAUAUGGCAAUAAACGCGGCCAUACAAUCUUCUCCCGUCACGAUAGUUCUAAAUCGAUUCUUAUAGACGACGUAACAUUUUUUACGCGGAUGCGUGUGAGGCCGUUUAGGAUGAGCAAAUGAGAGCGUGUACAAUAAAUGUAGCGACUGACACGUUGAUCUCUUCAAAGCGAGGAAGAGUACGAGGGGCGCGUAGAUAUUUUGUAAGCGAGAAAAAAGAUGAUGUAUGUUCACACAAUGCUUAUAUAGCGAAUAAAAGAUUCUGUGUCAAUAGUGUAUGUAUAACUACACAUUCGUGGUAGAAUCGCGAUAAAAGGAGAAAGAUCAAAACAGUAAGUGCAUUCGUAAUUGUACCGUCAUUAUAGCCGAAUAAAGCUACGUUUGGUCUGUAGUGGCAUAUUUUUUACUAUGAGCGAGAGCUUUUUGAUGUAAUGAAAGGUCUACAAAAAUAUAUAAACGCUAAUGAUUACCUUUAACGUUUCUUCUGUCUGCCGCGAAAGUUUUUGCAAGUUUUAUAUUUUUCUGCUUUUACACAAUCCCAAAUUAUUCCCAAAUAUAGAAAAAUUAUUUAAAUAUCUUUUCUUUUUUAUUACUCGAAUGUAACUUCUUCUUAUUAUGACUAAAAUAAUGUUAUUAAUUUUCGAGAGAGAGAUUUUCGUUGCAACAAUACGAAUACAUUAAUUAAUAAAACAGAAGCGAUAAAAAAUAAAUAUCUGACUUACCAAUGAAAACUGCAUCAAACACUUUAUCUUCCUGUGGUUUCCCCGAGUCGUCUUCUUAAAAAAAAAAAAAUAAUUCUCUUCGACAAAUCGAAUCGCGUGGUACGAACAUAACUCACGAUAUUUCGCCAUAAAUCAAUAUACAAUGCGUGCAAGAGCUCGAAAUAAACUGUCGGGACUGAUUAUAAUUAUCUGUACAAAAAUAGCUUUUUAUUUCUUACUUCUUUAGAGUUUACAUUACAUAUCUUUCUCUUUUAUCAAAAACUCGAUAAUAAGAUCGUUCGAAAUAGACCGUAUAACUCGAUCGUCGAUACUCUACCCGCUGAUAUCACCACCUCCUUCUCCGUCUUAUUUACAAACAAUUCGUCUUAUAAAAAAAAUACAAUCCUUCAUUUUCUACUGACUAGUUAGAAGAGACUAUAGCGUCUCUCAUACGCUCGAGAUUGUACACUUAAUGGAAUGUAAAACGAGAAGAAAAGAAAAAAAAAAGAGAGAAAAAGAUGCGUGUAUCCAUAAUUAAUUACGACAUACUUAAUGAGAUACACAUUGCGUGUGUAUAUAUAUACAAGAAGAUAUACAAAUAUAUUAUAUAAAUUCGAAUACUUUAAUAUAAAAGCCGUGUGAUAUGCGAAACAAUUCGCCUGUAUGCCUUAACAUCACAAACUUUAUUGACAACGAUUUGUUGACAUCGACCUAUGUCCCCAACUUUUUGGAAUCGGCCGGAUACGCAUAUAAUCGCGUCUCACUCGAAUAUUGCCACGAAUACUGUAUACAUCGAACGAUUCUCUUUCUCACGCACAAUGAAAUCUAACGCCUUCCAUUUGCCGCCGCGUAAAGAUCUUACAAUCUCAAGGAUCAACGGUACAGUUGCGAGUACAUCGCGUUACAUAAUAUUUUACCGUGAGAGAGACACAUUAAAAAAGAAACUAUUAAAAAUUUCUGCUCGUCUACCGCACUUCAUUAAGGAGAUUAAAAUAAUCAUAGCGUAUACGCAGGAUGAUCCCCUUAAAAACAUUAAUAUUAACAAUAAUUAUGAUCCUCUGUCUUUCUCUGUGGAAACAAAAGCGAUUAACUUUAACCGAUGUUUAAGGGGGAAAAUCCAGAAAUUAAAACAAUAAUCAUAAAUACUACGCGCGCGAUCUGUCCAUCUGUACCGUUGCGAUAUAUUUUCCUUUCUUUUCUCUUUUUUCUCUUUUUUUUUGUCGAAAUUUGGAAGGCUAUCUCUCGUUCGUCGCGAAUCCAUCGCCGUCUAUAAUCGUGGGAUUAGAUACAGACCUUCCCAAUUUCCACAAAAUUACAAUCGUGCUUCGUUAUUUCGAUCGAGUAUAUAGAACAGAAGAGACCAGAGCGUGUUAUCGAGAAAUUCAGCCGGAAGAUUUUUUGGUGAAUGAAAAGAGAGAGAGACGAUGAACGCGUAUGAUGUGAUCAUACUGCGACACUGAAUGGACAAAUGGAUGGAUGUAUGGACGGUGGCCAGGUCAUGAAAUGAAGAACAACAGAAUGCAUUUAAUGAGCGAUUGUUUAUUAUGCUCUUAUUAUGGUCACUUGUCAUACAGGUAACGAUGCUUCUCAAUGAGUGAAAAUAGUUAAUAUAUUAUGUUUGUUUGUUUGCUUUUUUUUUUUUUUUUACUUUUAUAUAAUUAUUCAACAUUGAAUGGAGAUAAAUUGAGAGAUGAUGAAAGAAUAACAAUUUAUGGAUGCAAAUAAAUGUGGUUAGAGUGUAAAGUAAUAA